AUGAAUGAGAUCGACAGAACCCAUCGGACUCUUCCUAUUUAUCAUCUUGGUUCCUCAAAAGAGGACAUAGAGAGCGAGCCGAAUUGGCAGGAGGUCCCUCACCACCGUGUCGGGUAUCGAGACCAGCACGGUCGAAUUGCGGGCAUCUCACACCUCGAAAAUGAUCUGGAUAAAGAUAAGGAAUUCCUCGAGCAUGCGAGACAGUUAGCGGAUGAACUACGCCGGAGGAAGGAGAGAGGGGAUCUGCUGACUGUGGUAGACUUCAUGAGAGACCAAGAAGAUUAUCACUUGAGGAUGCCCGCAAAGCACCCUUCUGGUUGGCGCUAUGUGCUUCACACCACGGAGAACUUCAUCAAAAACGAGGAAGAAUGGCCGGUUAAUAUCCAGAAACGGGAGAAGGAGAGACAACAAGAAAAACGCAAUGAAGAGGAGAGGCCCAAACAGGAGCAUGAAUGGAGAAGGGAACGUGGUCAAAUAACAACACAUCACGAGGCCUACAGCACAACAGGUUUACCACAAGAAAAGGAGCAAGAAAAGGGCCGCCUGGAUAAACAAGAGCUCGAAGAGGAGAGGAAACCUAAAUGGAAGAGGCUACAGCAGAAGUACUCGCCUCAGGAACUCGCUUUUCUUCACUCUUUGAAGGUUGAAAAUGAUUAUAUGCAUGGUCUCGAAGUUGAUUCGGGAACCCGUGUUUCUCCAAAGGCUGACGAGCCCUUGAUAACGACGAUCGACGAAGCUGACCAAUAUACUCCUGAUAAUUGGAUCCCACGGGAUCAGGCUCUUGUUCGUCUGACUGGUAAACACCCAUUAAACGCCGAACCGGACCUGACAACCCUGUUUGACGCUGGUCUAAUCACCCCAAGCAGCUUACACUACGUUCGAAAUCAUGCUGCUGUACCUCAUAUUUUAUGGGAGACUCAUACGGUAGAUAUAAACAAUGGGAAGAAAAUCCUUACGAUGGAUGAGCUCGCCGAAUUUAACGCUAUCAACAUCCCUAUCGCAAUGGCCUGUGACGGCAAUAGGAGGAAAGAACUUAAUAUGAUCCGACGCUCAAAAGGUUUCGAUUGGGGUGCUGGAGGUGUUAGCUGUGCUUUUUGGAAAGGCGCCCUCUUAAGGGAUGUCUUGGUGUCGGCGGGUGUCAGGCUGAUGCCCUCGGCACACUCCCAUGCUCGUCUAUGGGUAAACUUUGAAGGAGCUGACAAUCCCAGCGAAGGCAAAUACUCCACAUGCAUUCCAUUGGAAUAUGCGAUGGAUCCCACGAACGACGUCAUUCUUGCAUAUGAAAUGAAUAACAGACCUUUGCCCCCUGAUCAUGGAUAUCCGGUUCGAAUUAUGAUUCCAGGGUACGUCGGUGGUAGAUGUGUUAAAUGGCUCUCGAGAAUCUGGAUAUCGGACAAAGAGAAUACGAGCUACUACCACACCUAUGACAAUAGGGUGCUUCCAAGCUUCGUGAUCGAGAAGGAUUCCGAAUUUGCAAGGACCAUGUUCCACCAUCCAAGCACCGCUUGCAAUGAGCAAAAUCUGAACUCUGUGAUUGUCAGACCAGCUCAGAACGAGAAGAUCGAGCUGCAAAACGCGAAGUUUGGCCAGACAUAUAGGAUCCAAGGGUAUGCUUAUGAUGGCGGAGGGUGUGAAGUUCAGAGAGUUGAAGUUAGUUUAGAUGAUGGAAAAACUUGGCUAUAUUGCACUCGAAAGUUUCCUGAAGCACCCGUUCGACACGGGAAGAAAUUUUGGACGUGGUUGUUCUGGCAUGUUGAUGUUGAAAUUGCCCAUCUCAUCAGCGCGAAGAGUAUUGCGGUCCGAUGCUUCAACGUCUUCAAGAAUACCCAGCCAGAAAAGCCAGUUUGGAAUCUUAUGGGGAUGAUGAACAAUUGCUGGUAUGUUGUUCGGACAGAAACCAUAAACGACGAAAAUUCCGGUGCUCUUUGCUUGAAUUUCCAACAUCCAGUUGAGCCAGGGAUCAGUAAAGGUGGGUGGCUAAAGCCGUCCGCUGAGGUACAAAUGGAAAGCAUCAAACAUGAGGUAUCCGCACCACAAAAACAAUUUACUCGUGAGGAAAUAGAAAAGCACAACAAAGAAGGGGUUUGCUGGAUUGUGAUCAACGGAAAAGUUUACGACGCUACCAGCGUCCUUAGCUGGCAUCCUGGCGGAAAGGCUGCGAUUAUGGCACACGCCGGAAAGGUCCACGCAGAUACGACUGAGGAAUUUGAGAGUAUUCAUGACGAUUACGCCGAGCAGAAACUCAGUGAAUGCGUCAUAGGCGUGGUCACAGACAAGGCCAAGGCUUUCAUCAAGAGGCAAAAGGAGCAGGCCGCUAAAGAUGCUGCUGCUGUCUCCGAAAAAGCUGGGGAUAUUGCAUUGAAUCGAAGAAGAUGGGUCCCCGUCAAGCUCAUCAAAACCACGCAUAUAUCAGAAGACACCCAGAGCUACAAAUUCGCCUUACCCGAGGGGGCGAAAAGCUUAGGUCUCCACACAGGUGAACACAUUCAAAUUGGAUUCCAUUUCCUAGACCGAAUGGUCACCCGUUCAUACACACCGGUUCGACCAAUCCUCGAGGAAGAAAAGGACGGCACAUUCGAUCUAGUCGUAAAAUCCUAUUUUCCCAGUAAAGACAUGCCGGGAGGAACAAUAAGCAAUAUUCUUCACGAACUUCGUCCUGGCGAAGAAAUCGAAAUCAAAGGUCCCAUGGGAGAGAUCCACUAUCUCGGCCACGGUAAAUUGAGAGUUGAUGGCAAGACCCUCCAAUUUCAAAAUAUAUCCCUGGUCUUGGGUGGUUCUGCCAUAACACCCGGCUGGCAAUUGAUCAAGGAUAUUCUCAAGUCUGAAAACCCGCAUGACAAUACUAAGAUUGUGCUUGUCGACGCGAAUAAGACGGAAGGUGAUAUCUUAUUGAGAGACGAGAUGGAGAAACUCAUGAAAGAACAUCCCGACCAAUUUAAAAUCAAUCAUAUCCUGUCUGAUCCCGGGAAGAUUUGGAAAGGUGAUACCGGGUUUGUGACUGAAGACUAUCUGAAAACGCACUGCUAUCCGCCUGCGGAUGGAAACGUUGCUCUAAUAUGUGGUCCGCCAGCGAUGAUUGCAAAGGCUGUGUUGCCAGCCCUCAAGAAUUGGGGAUAUAGAGAGGAAGAGAAUCUUUUCGGUUUUUAAGGACCUAAUAAUGACUAAGUCAAUCAUUUUGAAAUUCGAGUUAUUUUUUCCAUUAUUUACGUAGUUUUCGGGAUCGCGUUGUUACGGUUGUAAUGCAAUCUAAUGAUACACGUUGUCGUCGUUGAAAACAUCAGGCUAAGUCAUAACAUGCUUGCCAGGAUUAAUACCACCCUAAUUACCUUUUCUUAAUGGAGCGCAAUCUCUCCAAAGCCCGUAAGAAAAGAAGACCAAAAUCGGACCAACCCGCCAUACUGUUCAAAAAAAAAGGCCUGGUCCGUCUAAAAGCUGAUCAUAUCAAGCCAACUAGUUAAGAAUAACAAACUUUUACCCCUUUCACCUUGCAUCUGCUGUGCAAACUCCUCAAAAUUUAGCUUUGCACCCGUUCCGCCUCGCUCUUUUGCUUCCUUCUCUACCUGGCUCAACCGGUACCAGCGUGCCAGAGUUUUCGGAGACGGAGGUAUUGGUGGAGAAGGUGGAGGGAUGUGAUGCUUUGCGGGAUCUGAGGAAAUAGUAGAGGAGCAUGAUGGAUUGGCUAUUUGACUGGUGUGGGAUGAUCGUCUGCGGUGGCGAGGUUGUUGGAAGCGGAGGCGGAGCGGGAGAGAAGCGUUGGAGUGGUGUAAGGCCUGGUUGGAUUGGCUAGAGCUUGAAGCGGACGCAGCGGUGGACGUUGGCGCAGAUUCAUAAACAGGAGAGUCGGCAUGGGCAAUAGAGCGGUUAGCGAGGGUGUUGAAGUUUGUGGCUUCGCUGAUUUGCAAAGCUUCAUCUAAAGCAGGCGUAUCUUCAGAAUCUUGUAGGAAUGCAUGGCCGACGUGACUUUCGUCAUCCUCUUCCUCGACUUCGAACGCCAUAUUUUCAGAGGCCGAUGGAACAUGGUCGUUCUCGGGAAGAUCUGAGACCACCUGCUCGUUAUCCCUAUCGGGCACAGGUGAAUGACUUGAAGUCUCUGCAAUCUCAAGAGGAUCUGAUGUCUCCUGAUCAUUGUCCGGCUCGGAAACAAGGGAAUAGCCCGCCUCGUUUAGCAGCUGUUGAAGGGGCUUGUCCGCAGGAGGAAUGUCAUCCGUUUCCGGUCCGAUGUCUUCUACACUAAGUCCUAAGUCCCGCUCUUUACCGUCUGCUCGUGGAGGCCUAUAAUGUGCGUCUGCAAAGUCUUCGAUUUCUUUAGCCCACCGCUUUCUCUCUGCUCGGGUGCGAUAAGCUUCCAUGAUCAGAUCUUCUUUGGUCUUGAAAAGUAUAUCCAAUAUCUCAUUCAGACCUUGCUGUGUGACUUGAAACAGGACUUCCUUUCCAACGUCUCGUUCGACUUCUGGUAUCUCAAUACCGCCCCAUCUUUCACCCAUGGGAAUACUGCGCGAGGAUGUCGAGGGGUUAGAUCGCGUUUCGUAUUCAUUAUCCGUAAUGUCAUCUUGGAAGCGAACUUUUGAUGAUGACCUUGACCUGGGUGAUGGAAUAUGAGAUUCCGUCUCGUCUGCAUCCUCAACAGCAUCUUCAUUUUCAUCGUGAAACCCUGGAGGAGCCGUAACGCCAUUCUCCUCGUCAAUAUAAAAGUGUCUACGCC